AGUGUUCACUGUUCAGUUACAGUUGUGCGUUUUCAAUUUGUCUGCGCCAGAGUUUGUUGUUGUUUAUGUUUUGUCAGAGGUUAUGUAAAUAGAAGAAACAGAAAGGACGAAGAAAUUUACAGAAAUGGCUUUGGGCUGUCUGGGUGCAAUAGUUACAGAAAAUAAUGCCCAACUAAAUUAAUUUAGUAGUAAGCCUACAGUUCCUAUGAGGUUCCUUUUGCCCCCCAAUAGUAGUACAAAUGGGAAUUAGAGGACUUCAGUUUUACUUGGAAAAAUGUUGUCAACCUGCAUCUCAGCGAGUCAGUAUAGAAGAUAUGGUUCAAGAAUAUAGAAAUUGGUACCAGUUGCCCUUCGAUCAAGAGUUAGUUAUUGUAGUAGAUGGAAAUUCCUGUAUACGCCAUUUGUACGGAGAUCUAGAAUGGAUUGGAGGUGGUCAGCUGAAACAAUAUGGAGAAAAGGCACAAUUUUUCGUCAACCAGUUUGCCAGAUUGGGAGUGCGGCUUGUAUUCUUUUUUGAUGGACCAACUGUAGAACAAAAGCGAAAAACUUGGAUUGAAAGACGACUUAGUAAACUGGGUUCAAUGUAUCAUGUACUCGAUGCCAUAGAAGAAGGGGUUCCAUCAAGUCAAAUUGAUAGGAGGGCACAUUUCCAUUUGCCACCAGGGAUGGGACAGCUGUCCCGAGUUAUUUUUGAGACGAUAUGUGGAUGUGAGGUAUUCAUAUCUCUAAACGAAUGUGACGAGGAGAUCGCUCACUAUGCCAGGACAAAAAACGCUUUUGCCAUUCUCGGCCAAGACACUGACUUUGUCGUACUAGACAAGAGGGAAGCGUGGUAUUUAUCAAUGGAGAAACUACGAUUGGACGAUAUGACUACAUUGUUGUACGAUCAUAAAGCGUUGGCUCACUACCUGAAAAUUCACGUCACCCAGUUGCCUGUAUUGGCCACAUUGAUGGGAAACGAUAUCAUAGACCACAAAGACAUCAAGGCUUUUCACAUUCGUAUGUUGCAUCAGAGAUUCCCAAGCGAACGGAUUGAUUUCAAAGUCCUCGUGCCAAACUUGGCAAUGUACAUCCGCAAGUUGCCAAUAGGACGUGAUCGUCUUUAUAACAAAACGUACGAGUUGUCAACUCAUUUGUUCGGAACUCCAGAUAAUGCUGAGCAAGUUUGGACGAGCAUUCAAAGCUACGAUGCUGUGUUAACAUCAGAGAGCGAUAUACAUAGUGGCCCAUACAAAGGACACUGGGGCCGGGUGUUGGCUGUGGCUCGCAGACGACAUAAGCGUAAUGAAGCUCCCAGCAUGGUGUACGCUAUCAUGUGCGGCUUACCCUUUGAGAGUUCCACUUCAAUCGAAGACUUCAGGAAAACCGACCUUCCUUGUUUCGCUAAGGCAACAGCAGUUAUCCGACGGAGGAUCUACGGUAUCCUGCUACAAGAGAAGCCACUAGAUCCGGGACAGACGUGUCAUGUCGUCCCAGAAUGGUGUAUGGCGGGACCUGGUAGUCUAGACGAACCCCACUACGCCAAAGCUAUACCUCCGAAAUACCCCCACCCUGGUCUUCUGGCUCUCUGGGCCAAGAAUCGCCAGGACCUAGGAGCUGUGAGAUGGCAACUGUUUGUCUCCAGUGUUUGUCCUGACCUUGAUAUACACAAGAUACGGAGACUACCAACUCAUCUGCUAAUCCCAACACUUGUACUCGCCUUUCUUGAGGAAUUCGGCUGUUUGGAGGAUUGGGAGGUGGCUGCAGUGUUGGCAACCGCAGUUUGUCUUCCACAAUACAAUGUUCAAAGGUUGGCAGCCCUGCCAGGUGACCCUAUGACUACCAGAGGAAUCAGGGUGGCCAACCUUUUAAUGCGGUCGACAUUUGUUAUUUACUUUCUACUGGCAACUUGUGGUUACCCUGAGACUAUAGAGCAUACUGCUCCUUGGUUGUUCUUUGACGGCAAAUUGUUCCACUUGAAGUACAACCAAGCCAUGAAUGCUUGCCCUUUUCCUGUCUUGUACAACCACAGGAAUGACAACCGAAAGUAUUUUGUCCAAGCACAAGACAUCAUUUACAAGCGGUGAAAGAAACAUCACAUGAAAGACUCCAUGACAAUCGUUUGUUAUACGAUAACUAAUGUACCUUAAAUCAAAAAUAUCUUUCAUAAUUUUAUACUCAUUCAUUAUAUUAUAACAAUUUAGUUUAUAAAAUAUUGUAAGAAAAAUGUACAGCUGGUGAUGUCCUAGACUCUAGAAGAUACAGUAUGGGCAAAUUAGUUACUAUUAUUAUUUUUAUUUAUUUAUUUUUAGUAUUUAGUACAACUAGUGAGCAAAGUGACUUUUCUAAAACAAGUUUUCUUGACCUUUCUUAAAAAUACAGUUUUGUUAUAUUAUUUACAUUAUAUUUUGUAUACGAUUUUGGAGUGAGACAACUAAAAAUUAUUGUGCUCAAAAGUACUCUCAACAUUGAGGUUAGGAUGUUUAAAACACAGCUGUGUGUUAAAAGUUGGGACCACGUAAGUUUGCAGUUGAGUGAGGAGCCUAUUUACCACAUGACUUCGAAGGAGCCAAUGAGGACAGUGCUGUGUUGCCAAAUCUAAUAAUAACAGCUGGAGCUGAUUUGAAAAUAUUGUUUAAUAUUUUAAUUAGUGUUGUCAACAGGUGAUAUGGCAACGUCACACUAGCCUUGUCCUGUGAUUGGCUGCUGCCAACUGCAAACUUUCGUGGUCGGACUGUAGUGAUUGGGCUGCAUUAUUGAGGUGGUGCACAUGUGAGCAAUAAUGUCAUUGCCAACUUUAAAUUUGGCUAACAAAAAAUGCUAGCCAAUUACUUUCUUUUUAUAAUUUUAAAAGAUAAUAAUUACUUUGUUGUUAGGUUAAGCAUGUAAGAGUUAAUUUUAUUUUCAUACAGCCCAAUUUCUGUUUAUUUUUAUUCAAUUAUAAUAAAGGUAGCCUAAAUUUUGUUUUGUCAGUUAAGGAGUGAGGUAAAGUAAAAUAUUGAGUUCGUCAGCUGUUUUUGUUUUGCAAACUAACUCAAGUGAAAAUAACCGCUGUAUAUAAAAUUAAUCUGAUCAUUUAAUGUUUACAAGAUUGUUUUGAUUUUUAAGAAUUUUUUGUUUUAGCUGUAAAAUCAAAGUUGUUACAUUUUUGUUGUAAUCAUAUCGAGUUAUUGUUGUU